AUAAACCUUUUUAAUAGACAGAUCUUAAGCGCAUUGUUUAUCAGCGAUUGUGGUAAAGUUUCAAGCUUUUAUCUGUUCUGCUCGAUUGACUGCCAUGGCUGUUUGUUUCCAGUCUCAAUUGAAGCCCACAACUUUCUUUCCCUCUUCCACAAACACCAGCCCUAAAACCUCUUCAGUCCUCAGUUUCCAAUUUCGAUGCAACUUCUCCCUCCCCACCCUCGCAGUCACCGAGCCAGAACCUGUUCUUCUUUCAGUGGAGUCUUUUGCCCCAGCUACCAUCGCCAACCUUGGCCCUGGAUUUGACUUCAUGGGCUGCGCAGUUGAGGGGCUCGGUGACUACGUGUCAGUCACCGUCGAUCCCUCUGUUCACCCCGGCCAGAUCUCCAUUUCUGACAUAUCUGGAGCUUUACCUUCCGUCUCCAAACUGAGCAAGAACCCGCUUUGGAACUGCGCCGGUAUUUCUGCUCUCGCAGUCAUGAAGAUGCUCAACAUCCGCUCUGUUGGCCUCUCGCUCUCUCUCCGUAAGGGUCUCCCUCUCGGUUCGGGACUCGGAUCGUCGGCUGCAUCGGCGGCCGCCGCGGCGGUUGCAGUCAACGAGCUGUUCGGAUCGAAAUUGAGUGCGGAAGAGUUGGUUCUCGCUGGUCUGGAAUCCGAGUCCAAGGUGUCCGGUUACCACGCAGACAACAUCGCGCCGGCGAUCAUGGGCGGGUUCGUGCUAAUCAGGAGUUACGACCCGUUAGAGCUGAUGAGGCUGCGGUUACCGGAGAAGACAAAUCUGCACUUCGUCUUGGUGAGCCCGGAGUUCGAGGCCCCAACGAAGAAGAUGCGGGCGGCGCUACCGGCAGAGAUUGGAAUGUCACACCACGUGUGGAACUGCAGCCAGGCGGGGGCUCUAGUGGCGUCGAUUCUGGAGGGGGACUUGGUGGGGAUGGGUAAGGCAAUGUCAAAUGACAAGAUUGUGGAGCCAACAAGGGUCCCGCUAAUUCCUGGCAUGGAGAGUGUGAAGAAAGCUGCAAUAGAGGCUGGAGCAUUUGGGUGCACCAUCAGCGGAGCAGGGCCGACGGCGGUGGCAGUCACAGAUAGUGAAGAGAGAGGGAAGGAGAUUGGGGAAAGGAUGGUGGAGGCAUUCUUCAAGGAAGGAAAUUUGAAGGCAGUGGCAAUGGUAAAAGCCCUUGACAGGGUUGGUGCUAGGGCUGUUGCUAAGGUUCCUAGAUAAAUUUAUUUCUUUUGAGAAGAAAGUCCUUUUUGUUUUGGUCAACGAUUUAAGAGGUGUUUAGUAUGUUUUGUGUGUUCUUUCAUUGUUUCAUUGAAACAAUAAUGAAAGGGAAGUGAAAAUAAUAAUCUACUUGUUGCAAGAGUUUCUGAGAAUGGCUGUGGACUUGGGUGUUCUUAUGAUUCACUCUUUUACAUUUUUUAUUAGAAAAAGGUUUUUAC